AAACUAAAAUGAUUUGCAAUUUGCGCUUAUAUAAAACGUAAACCAACACCCUGCAAAUUUCUCAGAAAGAAACUAAUUUACAUGCUACGAAUAUAGCAGCGCGUAAUAAAAAUAUUUCUGCAGUAAUUUCCUGCGAUGGAGUUGCCUGGAGUAUUGGAUGCUUCGGUGGAUCAUUCAACCGCGAAAAGGCAUCAGUAGCUGAGACGUUCGAACUCGCUUUAAUGAGUCAGUUUGCCAAAUGGGAAACAAAUCGUUGCUUUUAAGAUCCAAUAGUCUGUAACUUUUCAUCUCCACAACCGUUACGGUCGGCGAACAAAUUACGUGGAUUACACUGUAAUUCCAGCUGGGGGGGGGGAGCAGUGCCUAGCACUGGCACCUCACAUCUCCAGUGUUUUUGCAUGCUCUUCCCGGAUCUUCUGCGUUUCUUCCGGAUUUUAGGUUUUUCUUCAGCAGUCCAAAGUUAAGCACUUAAGUGUAUCUCUAAAUUAACGUAUAGUUGUGUCUGUUUGUGCCCUACGACGUGAAGGCAUCAAGGGUGAAUGUGGUUGGAAGAUCAGUGACGGGUGGAUAAUUCUUAUCCUUAUUCUUAAAUGGAAAAAAAGUUGUACGCGGUUCAAUAAGCAAUAAAACUGUCCGCCAGAUUACAGCCAGAGAAAACGCCUGGCGUGACACAUUAAGACAUUCAUACAAUGCAUACAGCAGUCACCCAAAACUGGAUCUGGCUUCCAUGGCCCACGUGUAAGUACUGAUGGCUGCGAAAACAUUCCGGCCUCCCCUGGGACUUUGGGGGAGGAGCUACAUUCACGGAAGUGACGCAACGUCACACGUAUUGGCUAUCGUUUUAAAUGCCCUAAGCCCGAUUGGUGGAGAGCCUGCCUUUGUAACCAUUGGCUGGAAGCUAUUCACCGGCAUAUUUGAACGCUGCCUUUCAGAUUUUCUGGGCGUCUGUGUUUUCACAAUUGAAAAGACCGCCGGUCUCAGCAUGUUGUCCGAAGAGGAUGGUGCCGAGCUGCAGUGCACUGUCGCAGUGGAACGCUUAAAUGCAUCGGGUCAGGCCCUUAAACGCCAGCUCCUGCGGCGCGCUCACGUCACCUUGGGCCGCAAUGAGUUUCAGGAGAUCGUCCUGCGCGUCCACGACGGCAAGGUGCCGCAGACCUUCACGCUCCGUGAGAUGCAGCUUUUCACGCGUUUCGCCCGGGACGGCAAGAGUACCAUCAGGGUAGUCCCUGAGAACACCCAGGUGCUAAUCUCCGACUGCCCCCCGGACCGCCUGCGUGUGUUUCUCAAGACCUUGAGCAUCAAGCACCAAGCUUGGCAAGGCAAGACGCCAGUAGGAGACCGUGCCAAGCUGCUGUCUGGAAUCCCACGCAGCUUUGAGACCAUCAGCCCCCUGCAGCAAAAGGAUAUACAGCAAGCAAAUGAGCUCCGAGGCAAAGUAAAUGCACCGCCGCCUCCCAGAGGACCAGCCGAGAGGCAUGGAAACAGGAGCGCAGGGCGGCAGGUGAAGAGAGACAGUCCGGAUUACAACGAGUGCAGUCCGGUUAAAGCACUUCACCCAGCCAAAAAGCCCACCCUCCAUCUUCCCAUUGGGAGGAAAUUGUCAAAAGAGCAAUCGCAGGUCCUCAGAGCUGUUUUGAGUGGGAAAAACGUCUUUUUCACCGGCAGUGCUGGCACGGGCAAGUCCUUCCUGCUUAAGAGGAUUGUGGGAUCCCUGCCACCCAAAAGCACCUAUGCCACAGCAAGCACGGGUGUUGCUGCCUGCCAUAUUGGUGGCACCACCCUGCACAACUUUGCCGGCAUUGGGUGUGGUUCCGCCCCGCUGGAGCGAUGUCUGGAGCUGGCCCGGCGCCCUGGUGUCCUGCAGCAGUGGACCAGCUGCCGACACCUCAUCAUCGACGAGAUCUCCAUGGUGGAGGCCCAGUUCUUUGAUAAACUUGAGGCCAUCGCUAGGUCCAUUCGAAGGUCCACGCAGCCUUUCGGGGGUAUUCAGCUGGUGGUGUGUGGAGACUUUCUUCAGCUUCCGCCGGUGACCAAGGGCUCGAGCAAGCCCAACUUCUGCUUCCAAGCCCGCAGCUGGAGGAAGUGUAUACACCUGAACAUGGAGCUGACAGACGUCCGUAGGCAGACUGACAAGCGAUUCAUCUCUAUCCUGCAGGCGGUGAGAUUGGGCAGGGUAACAGAGGAAGUCACUGCAGCACUAAUGAAGAGUGCCUAUCACAGCAUCGAGAGGGAUGGUAUCCUAGCAACAAGGCUGUGCACACACAAAGAUGAUGUGGAGCUAACCAAUGAGAAUAAGCUGCAGCAGCUUCCAGGGCCGGUGCACAUUUUCCAGGCUGUGGACAGCGAUCCCCAGCUCGUCCAGACCAUCGACUCCCAGAGUCCCGUGGGGCAGGUGCUGCGGCUCAGAGUGGGAGCCCAGGUUAUGCUGACUAAGAAUCUAGAUGUGCAGAGAGGCCUGGUCAACGGGGCCAGGGGUGUCAUCAUCUCCUUCCAGCCAGGAAGUAAAGGCCUGCCUGUUGUCCGCUUCCUGUGUGGUGUGACUGAGGCCAUGAAGCCGGAGCGCUGGGUCUUCAAGACCACUGGUGGCCUGUACCUCAGUCGCCAGCAGCUGCCGCUCAAACUAGCCUGGGCUAUCUCCAUCCACAAGAGCCAGGGCAUGACCCUGGACUGUGUGGAGAUCUCCCUGGCACGGGUGUUUGAGAGCGGCCAGGCCUACGUGGCGCUGUCCCGUGCCAGCAACCUGCAGGGUCUCCGUGUGAUGGACUUCGAUCCGCGGGUGGUGCGGGCCGAUCCCGACGUCCUGCUGUUCUACCGCCGCCUGAGGAAGGAGCAGCUGCUACAGCAAGGCUCCAUGGACGAGUUUGUGGAGAGAAACAACAAAGAGAACCAGCUGGUGUGAAGGUCCGGCUCCCUCAGGCGCCCUGUGCUCUCUGCCAGCUUCAGACUGGAGUUUCUGCUUCGGCUGUAAAUCACUCCGAGUCCUGUUGCCUUAGUAACUGCUUCAUUAACUGGUCUUGUCUAGCACCCACACAGAUGGUUUCUGUUACCUUGCUGCUACGUGAUUUAAGGCUAUUUGAAAUCCCCAUUCAGAAGUCUCAAACAGUUAAAUUAAUGUAAUUUAUUUUUUAAAUAAAAUGUUUUUCAUUUUA